AUGGAUGAACCAAUGGCUGAUGAGGGAACUGUCAAUGAUGCGCAAUUUAAGCCCGACAUGGCUACAUACACUAUUUGGAAGAAAAAGGAUUCAACUGCAAGAGGAAUCCUUAUCAGUUCUAUGGAUGAUGAUUUGAUGUAUGAGUAUCAGCGGUAUUCCACUACUAAUGCCAUGUGGGCCGCUUUGCGCGAGAAGUUUGGAGGAACUACUGUCUCCAGACUUAGGCAGCUGACUAUCAAAUUUGACACUUAUAAGAAAGUCCCUAACAAGACAAUGAAACAACAUUUGAGGGAUAUGUCGAAUAUGAUAAUGGAGCUAAAAUCAGCUGGACAUAACCUCACAAAUGAACAGCAAGUUCAAGCGGUUAUUCGAUCUUUGCCUAAUAAUUGGGAGCACAUGAAAGUGAACAUGACUCACAAUGAGAAUAUUAAGACUUUUAGUGAUAUUGCGCGCCACUUGAAACUUGAGGAUGAGCGCCUUGAGGCUGCUAAACCUGAUAUUCAAGCAUAUGUUGCUGAAUCUAAUUUCAAACAAGGUGGUCAUAAGCGUAAAUGGUCUAAAAAGAGUUGGAAAAAUAAAGGCAAGAUGGAUGCAGCUGGACCGGGACCAAAAGGUGGAAACAAGCACCAAAAGCGUGGUGGAAAAUAG